GGAAAUCACUCUAAGCAUGCGUGGAUUUCAGAUGAGAAAUUGCUCGAAGAGAUAGGGACAGGAGUUGUGUUUACAUGUUUAAGCAACGAUGUAACAAUAUAAUAUGUUGCCAUUAUACCGUCUUAAAGUAUUUCUAGUGCUUUAUGAAAGUGGACCAUUCGCCAUGAUUUUUAAAAACCGACUCCCAUACGUUGCAACGAAUAAAUAUUCCAUAGACAGGUUAUCAUAAAAUCAUCAAAUAUGAAUCAGUCUAUGGAAAGUGCCCCUCCUGUCGAUAAUGACAUCAUCGAAAUCAUACCGAUGGAGGAGUAUGAUAGCAACAAGGCUAAGCUUCAGUGCUCAGUGUCCUGGAUUCUUGACAAGGCUUAUAGAGAUCAAGUACCAAGAGAACUCAGAGACCCCUUCUAUGAGACUCAGGAUGGUGUGUUGCACAUUAAGCCACAGUUGUUAAACCUGAUGGUUUCCAGUGAAAUUUACUGUCAAGCCUGCAACAAUAUGUUUGGUGACUCAUCUUUGCAAUGGCAAGGGACGUCGGGUCAUUCAAGUAUAAUACAAGUGCUGUCCAGAAAAGGAAUUUAUGUAGUUGAUGAAAGUGAUAAAGCUGUCACAGAGUCUGUGCUAAUUAAAUCAGCUCCCUUUGAUGUGGGUUCACACAUAGCCCUGAUAGAUGCUCUGAUGUUGGCCUAUGUCAGACAAACAGUCACCAUUGAGAGGGUAGUGCAGACGGUAAGGAGGUUUGCCACAUUUAAUGCUUCCAGUGAACUGCCAUCCAGCGUGGAAGAUGCCCUCUUGUUCUGGAUCAACAAAGUAUGUGUAGCCGUACAACUUAGUGUUAACAAGGAAGACAACCAGGUUUUAGAAGGGGAGACAAGUCAGAAGGUGAGAAUUGUAAGUAAAUCUGGAAUGAGCAUGAGGGAAUCUAUAAAUAUCCCGCUUAUAGAAGACAUUUCCCAGGACAUAGGAGACGGCUGUUCCUUGGCUGUUCUGAUCAGCUACUACUGCCCGUCUACUCUCAGUCGACAAGAUAUAUGUCUGAAGUCUAAUGUUGGCAUUGCCGACUCUCUGUAUAACUUACGACUGGUGAAAGAAUUCUGUGAUGAUAACAUACCAGGCAAGGCAUUUCAUCUGAUGUAUGAAGACUUCCUGUACAUGCACACCAAUCUCCAGCAGAAUGUGCAGGUGUUUCUGGCAGACCUCUUCUACUGGUUUGAAGUUCAGAAACUGGACUGUGUCCAUUGUGAACCAGGUUCCCGUCCCACCACUGCCAAGAAACUGACCAGUAAUGCCAUUCCCAACCUUCCCCCCAUCAGCAAUGUCACGAAACAGAGCUUUCACAAGACAUCUCUGGAUGAUGCUGGGGUUCCACGUAGUACAGCACAGAUGCCCCCCAGACAGCCUCUUCUGUACAAACGACAGUCUGCACCUGAGUCUGAUGUCAGUCAUCAAGGACAUGGUACUGGACAACCGAGACCAAAAUCUGCAGUGCUUGGCAAAGACAGGAAUGCUUUACACCAAUCAGUACUUGCAUGGCAGGAGGACAACCAACAGUUAGAUAGCAGAGUGACAAAACUAAGUGGAGAAAACAAUUUACUGGCUAAUGUUAGUAUAGACUCAGAGUUAAUGGAAAGUUUUACUGACGAUCAGCUGGGAAGUCUUGAUUUUGAUUUAAGUGACACACCCCCUCCUACACUUCCAUCCAUGAAGGAGACUAGGAAUUUGGCUUCAAAUUUACGUGAUCAAAAUCAUCCGGAUUAUAUGGAAAUACAAAGUGUAACAUCUGGAACUUUAACAAAUAGAACACUUCAUCAGGGAGAAGAAUUGAGACCAGAAAGUGAUAAUAGCAUGUUGGAAAAACCACCAACACAUGAAGACUUGCUGAACGAAUUCAGUGCUCAAAUCGACCACAAAGGCAAUAGACAAGGUAAAAGUGAACACUAUGAACCAUUGUUACCUGCAAAAUUGAAGCCUUGUAAAGAAGCAAUAAAUAACCAUAGCAAAGAGCAGGAGAGAGGAGAACAUUCAUUAUCAAGUAAAUCUAUGAAAACCAUUGAGGUGGAUCCAGGAUCUUCAAGUGUGUUAAGUGAACGUAGUGACAGCAGUAGCUCCGUUCCUGUGACUCCCCUUCCUGAAGACCAGCUCUCAGACCAGGAUGUGCCGAAACAACCAAGAUACACUGCAUUCACGGUCAAUGCAGAUUUAUCUCAAGUCAUGGAAUCUCCACGGAGUGCAUUAUCUACAGCACGGGUUUAUGGUGAUACUGCUGAAUCAGUCAAACUGAGCUACACUGUGUCAAAUGGGGCCACUCCAGAAUCAGCCAGGGCAGCUGGUAUCCCUGUGGUAAGUGACAGUGGGGACCAGUCUUGGAGGAGUAGGGGCUCAAGAGAGGGAAGUGUGGCUAGCAGUAGAAGCUCUGCAGACAAUUCUGACCAUGAGUCACACAAAAUUCACUAUGACCAGAAAGGCAGUGAAAACAAAGACAAGAUCAGAGAACAGUCACCCCCAAAGUCAUUCACAAAAUUCGAAUCCAAAGAUAAUACUGUGUUUCAAAAGCCGAAAAUGAUUGUGAGAAGUAAGACCACAGUCUCACCGAAAAAAGAACCCUCCAAGAAUUUAACCACUAAUUUUGCUGAAAUUAAAAGAAUGAAAAAUGUACAAGGUAAUGUUGACAAUUCUGGAAUGGUGUACAUGCAGCAUGGUCAUGAAGUGAAUAAUAAAGCUAUGCAGAGUUCAUCUACCCAGAUCAUCAGCAGAAACAACCAAGACUCGCCUUCACCUAGUAGGACAACGUGGCAGCAAACCAGCACAUUAAAAUCUCCAGAUCAAACAAGUGAUUCGUCAGAAAACAGUGAUACAAACCGCCCUGUGUUGUCGGAACUUACUGAAAUUAGACUUAAGUUAGAGGAAAAAAGAAAACAAAUAGAAAGAAAGAAGACCAGAAUUGAAGUUCAACAACAAAAGCAAAGACAGAGAUUGGGUAAAACAGCUUUUCUUCAUGUUGUCACCAAGCCUAUGGAGGAAGAGGAGAUGUCAGAUGGGCACAGUUCACAUGGAAGUGAAGCCUCCUUACCAGGUAGUGAAGAAGCCGCAUGUUCAAUGUCAGACAAAGGUCGUCCUGCAUCACUAACCGAUGGGAAAACUUCUGUAACACCUCAAGGCAACCGAGCAUUCUCAAGAGAAGGGAUACAGCAAACAAUUGAAAAUGUAAGGAAAAAGUGGUUUCAAGAAGACAAGGAUGAGAGAAUUCCACAAUUAGAAACAAAUGAGAUAGUGAGUAAAAGAGGGAGUAGUCCUCCUCAGAAAGGAGGAGGUGUUAAUUCAGCUGCACCAGAAAAUAAAGAAACACUGCCUCCAAAACAACAAAUUUCUGAAACACUACCUCCAAAACAAGUUUCUGAAGCACAAAAGAUCGAUAUCUCAGAUAAGGAAACAACAGAAGCUUCAGAAUUGGACAACCCAUCUGUAUACAGUCAGAAAUUAGAGAAACUGGAUCAUGAUUUGAAUGAUUUAAAAGGAGAGAUUUUGAGGAUGUCUCUAGAACAGGAACAGUUUAAUGGGAGUCCAGUAGUUACUUCAAUAGCAGCUUCAUCAUCAGCUACCAAAUCUAGAUAUAUAAUGGACACUCCACAGAAGAAGCCGCAGGGAAAACCAUUCCAAACUCCAGAUCUCGCCUCUUCAAAGCACAUGGACAUGAACACGCCAGAGAGAAUUCAGCAUGGGACGCCAGUGGUCUGUUGUCCAGGUGGAUAUGCAGGACAUAUUGAUCCCAGUCUCCCUACACCAGAGAGGGUUGUAAUGGGAGGAGGUGUAGCUCAGUACCCACAAGGACUUCCACCCCAGAUGCCUGUUACACAACCAUUCCAGCCACAAGUCCUGCCCCACCCUGCACCAUACAAUGGGCCGAGUCAGUUCACUCCUAUACCACAUACACAGGUGCCAUACAGUGGUUUCCACACUCAUGGCACCACUCCAUUCCCACAACCUCAGUUUCCCCCUACACCUCCCCAGGCCUACCAACAAUCCCCACCAUAUGCUGUAAAUCCCAAUUUGGUAUCACCUCAUAGUCAGUAUGGGAUGCAUGGAAUUUACCAUUUGUCUCCCCAACAAUUCCCUCCCCACUCUCACAUCACAUCCACUGUACCAGCUCACCCCCCUGUCUCAUUUAUGAAUGCCCCUAAUCACACAGGAGCUCAAGUAUUUCAUCCAAAUUUAGACAGUAAUGUCAUCCCAUCCAUGCCGUCUGUAUCUCAGGCUGAAAAGCCUGCUACUUCUAGUGCUUUCCGUGAUGGUGGUCUCAGUAAAGAGGAAACACCUAGUCUGGCAAACACAAGCAUGCAUGACUCGUCCCAGAACAAAAGUGAUCUACAAAGUGAUAUUUCUGGUGAGCAGAAUGGAUUUUUUGUGUCAUUUGGAGAAAAUUCUCCGAAUUCUCCUAAAGUUAAACCCAAAUUUUCAAGUGCUAAAAUUCAAAGGGCAGUAACUCCUGAACCAGCUAGUCUACAAAACCAAACACAACAUUCAUCUCCACAGAAUCAGUCUAGUCAACUGAAUGUCCUUGAUAUGUCAGGUACAGAGGGGAAUACUUCUGUGAAUUCUCAGCAGCACAACACUUCUCAACAAGAUUCAUCUGGCAUUGGGUUUGUGAUAGGGGGAAAGCAGGAAAACCUCACAAAGUCAAUGGAAGAUGAACUAAAUAGGAAGAAGGAAAAGCUUAUACAAAUGCAGAUCAAACGCAGAGAGGAGCAAGACAAAAAACGACAGUAUAAAGAAUUAGAGAUGGCUCGUAAAAAAGAACAAGAGAGAAUUAAGCAGGAGGAAGCUGAGAGAAGGAAAGCUAGUGAAAAAGCACGGAGAGAGGAAAUAUUCCGACAAUAUCAGGACAAUAAAAAUCGUGAAGAUGAUGACUACGCACGUCCAGUCCGCAGAAACAGAUCCCAGACUCGAGAAAAGCAACGUCCUAAGUCUAUGUUUGUUAAGGGAGAGUCUGGAUCAGUGGAAGGUUUGCAUUCCCAUAGUUCUCAAGAGGAUCUGUCUUCUCACGCUUUCACUAUCAGUCCAGGUCACAAAGGACCUUUGGGUGUUGGUCCUAGAAAACCCCCAAGCUUAGCACCACGCCCAGGAAACAUUCGAAAAGCAGCAUCGUGUAACACUCUAUCUACAUCCACUGAAGGCAAGCUGACUUACAGAAGACCACCAUCACCAGAUCUGGUUCGCUUGAAGGGGAAAGGAAGAGGUAGUGCAGACAGUAGUGAAUCGGGAUCAGAUUAUGCAGGACCUAAAUUGUUUGUGAAACCAAGCUCCAAGUCAAACCGUCACAUCAUCAUUAAUGCCAUCAGUCAAUGUGUGUUAGCAGGGCCUGUCAAUGCAGAUCAGAAAAACAAAAUUCUGGAGGUUCUGGCCAAAUCAGAUGCCAAGCAUUUUUUGAUUCUGUUCCGAGACCACUCCUGUCAGUUCCGCGGACUUUACAACUUUGAUCCAGAUAUUGAGGAAUCCUACAAAAUCCAUGGAAUAGGACCCAAACAAAUCUCCAGCAAAAUGAUAGAAAGAUUCUACAAAUACAACUCAGGAGGCAAAAGCUUCAGUGAGGUGACAUCCACCAAACAUUUGUCUGUAUCAAUAGACGCCAUAGUUAUACACAACGCCUUAUGGAAGACAUCAGCCAAACCUCCUCACAAAAAGUGAAGCCAGUCAGCAGAAAAGGAAAUCAAGUUGUGAUAGUUCUCAAGCUGGUGUCAUCAUCAUCCACAGUUUAUCCCAUUUUUUAAUUUGCAGCAUAGUUUGAAUUAACCUCUCAAGAAAAAUGCUUCAUGCAGUGUUGACUAUGGUCAUUCAUAAAGUGGAUGGCAUGGAUGACUGAAAUUUGAAAUGGCUUUAAUGAAGGAGAGUGUAAUCAUACUCAUUUACAUAGCUUUUGCUACUCUUUCUUGUACUCAUUCUGUCUCAUGCCAUAUUCUGUUCCUACGUACUCAGUUUUCAGGAAUAUUUAUUUUUUGCUUUCCCUAUCUACCAUAUAAAACUUAUUUGCUUUUCAUCAGAAUUAUUCAUUCCAAAUACACUAUGCAUUAAAUUUUACUUGCAUAUAUUCGAGUUGUGAGGCAGAUUUUCCCCCUCUUAGAAUCACACUAUUUAAUCAAGACAUUCCUAUAUGGUUUAGCAGCUGCAAUUCCUAGUACUGUAUAGAGCUUAUCCAGUAGAUUCACUGUGCUUCAGAGCCACAUAUGCAUGUCAUGGUUUUAGUUCAAGUUAAAACAAGAAGUUCUGGAAAUCUUUUUUGGAAGGUAUCAGGAACUUAAAUGUAUACAUAGAUGAGUGCAUUAACUGGUCUGCAUCUUCGUUCCUUUGCAGAGUGUGCAACACUGUAGUAAAGAGAUUCUGGAAUGAUGAUGUCAGCAGUUGACUAAUCGAACUUGCACAUACAAUGUGUUCAUAUAUUGUUUUGCAAAGUUUGAUUUUUUUUAGGAGGGAUACUGUUUGGCAUUGCUGAAAAAAAAAUACAUGUAAUUUUGCAUCAUUCUGACUGUGAUAUUUUUUCUUGCCAUUUCCACUAUCCCACCUUUGUAUUUCACAUAAUGAAUGGGAAGUCUAUUAAUCUAUGUAUAUUAGAUUUUAAUUUGAGAGUUAAUGAUUUUUUUGAGAUAAGGGCAUUUCUGUCUUAACAGUAAAGUAAAUACGAACAUAAUUAAGACAUGUUGUAAUAGGAAGAUCUGGGAUUAUAUUAAAAAAAAAUUCCAAUGCCCCAGACUUAUUUUAUGCAGAUGGGUUGAUGGCAGGUACCUUUGUGAAUUGAUUCAUUCAUAUUUAGCUUAUCUACUUGGCUAUAGACUUGGUGAUCUUUUCUGAUCUAAAUUUGUCUUGUCAUUGCUGGGUGGCAGCAUCGUUAUCAUCAACUUUUCAUAUUUUUGACUUCCUCUCCAGAACCACUAGACCAAUUUUAUAGUUUACUUGUGAGAAGCAUUUCACAAGGCAGAUGUCUGAUUUGCCUACUCUCAUGUAAUUAGAUGAAAUAAUAAGCGAAUCCAACACUUCAGACACACACAAUAUAUGAGAAUUCUUUAAAACUUUUCCCUCAAGAACCAUGAGGAUUUAGUGGUAAUUUAGUGCUGUAAUCUUGUAGCGUAGAUUAAAAUUUCCUUGAAGCCACGUAAUGCAUGGAGAUUCUAUUGUGUUGAAGCCAUAACCCCAAGGUCUUUGGCAGGACAACAAUACAGGUUUGAAGUUUUACAUUGAAGUAAGAAAAGUCAUCGUAAAAAAUGACUAAGGUACAGCAAGCUGAAUUGAUAUGCAACGUUCUCCUGUAGAUUCCAAUUGGUUAAAAUAUGGGAUCACAAUAGGGGUCGAGUGUUUAUAUUGGAUUGCGCUAUGGUGUCCCAGACUCUCUGUAUGAACAAUAACUCAAGUGAGCAGUGUGGCCCAUGGACCUCUUAUAAGAUUUUUUCAGUAUUUUUUAUCAAAAUGAAGUUUUACAAUUAGUACAUAUAUAGAUUUUAAUAAAUAUAUAUACUUUAAUCAGUCUUAUGUUCAAAAUGAAAGAAAUGUGUUCUGGAUGUACAUAUUAUCUCAGUAAUUUCUUAAUUUAGGUUUUGAUGAUUCAAUAUAUUGAUCAUAUCACUGCUUAAUGGCAAAUUUUAUUUUCUGGGUUGUGAUUUUUUUUGUGUUCAGCAUGAAUUUUUUAAAUUCAUUUGACACCUCAUGUGCUUUAUUUUGUGGAUAUGAAUGUAAAGAUGCAUGAAAGCUUAUUUGUGAAUAAUAUCUGAAAUAUUUUAUUCUUUAUCAAUACAAUGUCGAUAUUUUGUGUGUUCUCAAUAAUAUUUAUUUUCCUUGUGACAUGGAUCAGAGAAAUAAUUCUGCGGACACUAUAAGUACUCUGUAGUACAUACAGUAUUUGUCUCAUGGUCUCAAAAUAGAACUAUGUGAAUGACACUGAAUAAUGUACAUUGUAAUAUUGGGCAUUGUGGCUACUCUGUAGUUUAAAGGAUGGGCUUGUCAAUAUUUGCUCGAUUCUGCUGCAUUACUAAAAGUGGUGUUAAGCUUUCUUCAUUUAUUAAAACAAUUUCUGUGAUUUAGAUGCUAGGAUCUCGGAUUAUAAUAAAUAGUUGUUCCAGCAAAGAAUUCCAAGUGCUUUUCCUCCUCCUUGAGGUGAUUUAUUGCAUUGAUUUCACAAAGUGUGAAGAUGUCUGUGUAUUGUGAAGAGGUUGUACAACAGUUACCCAAGAUCUGUUUGUAACUGUGCAGCUUAAUCUGUAGGUUGUAAUUUUUAUUAUUGUUAUAUAUUUAUUUGUAAAAGUAAAGUUUUGAUAAUGCAAACUG